AUGGUGGUCGCAAUGGAAGCGUUCCUGAAGGCCGUCGAGGCGGGCCAGUGCGAGGUGGUACGUGCGGCCCUCGAGCGACGGGGCACCACCGCCAUCGAUCUGGACUUCCAGGAUCCGGCCCGGGACGGCAACACGGCCCUGCACCUGGCCGUGACGGCCAAGCGCAACAAGAUGCGCCUGAUCGAGCUGCUGCUGACGGCGGGCGCCGACUGUGGGCUGCGGAACCACCAGGAGCGGACGGCGGCGGAGCAGGCACUUGCCGCCGGCUGCCGGCACGUGGCCGAGGCGAUGGUGGGCCGCGAGCUGGACGGACUGCCAGCUGACCGGGCCUUCCGGCGGCUGGUGGGUCGCGGUUCGGUCGAGCUCCUGCGAAUCUUCCUCGAGAAGCGCGCGUUCGACAUUCACACGAAGAUGAAACUGAUGACGCGUGCCCUGGACGAGCUGUGGGCGGUACGGGGCGUGGAGGUGUGCGAGCCGAUGCGCGCCUUCCUCGAGCACGAACUGAUCGCGCACAGCUACGAUGCGGAGGGCCAGCGGAUCCCGACGGCGGCCGCGGAGAGCGAGACAGAGGCUGAUAGGCGCGUGGAGUUAGUGCGAAGCUAUACCAAAUACUUGAGCGAUCGGUACGACGCCGACAACCUGGGCGACCUGGACGAGGAGUUCGUGGUGCGGCUGCGGGCCAUCUGCGAGUGUCUGCAGGUGCUCGUCGGGGGUGGGCUCCCCGACGAGAGUCUAAUCCCGGUGAAGGAAGCCGCCUACCUGGCGAGCCUAUUUCUGGGAAUCCUGGAGAAGCGGGCCGGCUUCGAGAUCUACAAGCUGCUCCUGAACCGCCCGAUGAUCCUGCGCUAUCUGACGGCGGUCGGUGAGACACUGGCAAGGGUGCGCUCUCGGUCCACGGAGUGGAUGCCGCAGCUCCUCGAGGAUCUGCUCGAGUGCAUCGGCGAGCAGAAGGCAGCACAGUACGUGUCCCUUAGGCGGCGCACCUGCCCCGAGCUACAACGGAUCGCCGAGGGAAAGCCGCACGACGAGGAGCGGAUACGAGAGGAGCUUGCGCGUCCCGAGUUUGUGGCCCUCAGCCUAUCCUGCGAUGUGACGGACUUCGUGGCCCAUCUGCGGCGGAGCGACCUCCGUCCGUUGACGGUCGGCCAACUUUGGCACCGGCGACAUCCGAAGCUCCGCCUUUCGAAGCGACAGGUGGCGUACGCGGCGGCCAACCGCAAACUGCUGUCCGGUGCGGUGCGUCGCCAGGACCGGGUCACGUUCCGCAACCUCCGACGGACCUACGAGCAGGUCCGACAGCUGCACAGCGUGAAACGGGCGGCGCACUACAUCGAGGGAGCGCUCGUCAUCGACCUGGACGAUCGUCCGACGGAAACACUCGGACUGCUGGCGAUCAAACGCGUCCUGCAGUUCCUUGCCAGCGACAGGAACCAUCGGCCAAGGUUCAGUCAGCUUCUGGACAGUCUUCUUGCGCACCUCCUGGAGCCACUGGGGACACGCGAGGCAGCCAACGUGCGGGAAGCCUUCUCACCGCGCUGCUCGGCGGCCAAGUACUUGCCGGUGGCCGGUGGCCGACGGCCGCCAGCCCCCCUCCUGACGAUUGAACAGGCGCGGGGGAUCCAAACGAGGCUGCGGGCGGUGUACCGGUAUCUGCUGUACGUGAUGCACCUGCAGCUGAUCGGAGCGUUCAAGACGUUCCUCGGGACCGCGUACCGGUUGCGGACGGCGCCGCAGCUCCGCUCGUACGCCCGCUACGUCGGCGAACACAACCUGCACACCCUGAGCGCCCUGCGCUUCGAGCACGCGUUCCACGACGAGCCGGAGACGGGGCGGGUGGUGGGCGAGCUGAAGCGCGCCUACCGCGGCAUGGCCAACGAGCUGAAGCUGCUGUCGUUUGUCGAGAAGAACAUCCACUUCCGGUUCUACCACCUCCAGUACCAUCAGACGCGGCUCCGCGUCACCCUGGCCCAGUUCGCCGUCGUGUACCGGGCGCUCCGGGCAAACGGGGACCUUGGGCGCACCCGCCGACUGCUCCACUCGUACCUUACCCAGACCUACCAUCGGUACGACAUUUCCCGGGCGAUCUCCAUCUCCGACGCGAACCUUGCGCUCAAGGAGCUGCUCCGGCCUUACGCCGGCGAGGCGAACGAGGACACACGGCAGGUGGUGCGGAACCUGGAGCAGUUGCAGCGCCUCAUGGAUCCUGACUGUCUGUUCGGGAUACGGACGGCCGCCCCUCGACCGGAACGGGCAGAGAGUGACCGCUAUGAACACCUCACCCGCCAGAUGCUUCAGGAGCGAGGCGCUCCGUCGCUCAGCGAGCAGGAUUUUGCGGAGCUGCACUGCAAGCUCCACUCCGUGUACUGCGAGAACGUGUUCCGGGGCCUCCCGCAGCGCCACGCCACCGUCGAGGGAUUCUUCCGCGCCCGGGGGCUCCAACUGGCGACCGGGGGUGCCCGAGCCACCGAAGAUGAGGAGCUCCUGCAGGAGGUGUUCGACGCGAAGGUCAACGACCUGGUGGAGCUGGUGGAGAAGACGCUCGAGUGCGGGUCGCCCGAUUCGCCCGGGUUCUCCGACGCGAUCCGUGCCCUUCCGGCGUUCGUGCAGUUCGCGUUCGAGUUCGCACUCCACGAACUGCUUGAAAUCCUGGCGUCGGUGGGGGGACUCCGUGGCUCGACGUCAGGGACACCCAUCCUGAGUGGCUCCCGACUGAGGACGUUCCUGGGCGGUGGCCCCGACUCGCUGGUCCUCGAAUUGCUCACACUCCCAUCGGCCGCGACCAUCUUCCUGAACGCGAUCGCCUUCCGGCGACACUCCUUCCGCCUGUACCCAACCUCCGACGCGGGAGACGAUCCAACGACUGCGACGUCAGAAUUCGAGCGGAACUACGCCGACCGGCUGCAGUGGCUGGCGGAGCAUCGCGCCCUGUUCGAUGCGGUCCACCGCUCGGACUGCGAUCUGGGGGUGCUCCGGGAAGGACUGAGGGGUGCGAGUGAGGUGCUCGCCGGCCGACGGUUCGGCUCGUUGGCCGGCGGUGAGCCGUGUCAUUACGGGCUCGUCGACGCCGCGAUCGUCGGCGACUUCCGGUCGAUGAUCGAUCUGCUAACGGACCGCACUUCCGCCUCUGGCCGCCACCAGCUUCUGCAGUAUCUCCUGCGGCGCACCACUCGGUCACACUUCGUCUCGACACGCAUCGAUCGGUUGGCGGCCGGUGAGCGACGUCUGUUGGCGCUGUACCUGGGGGCACUGGCGGGUGACGUGGAGCUGUUCGCGGGGCUACUGGUGCGGUACGGAGCGCACGGGGAGCUGUACCGGUUCGUACACUCGGAUGACCACGGGUUCGUGGAGCGGCUGUUGGGUGGGGGACUGCCGGCCGGGGACUUUGACUGGGGCCGGAAGGACCCGCGGACCGGAAUGACGGUGCUGCAGCAGGUGACGAACGCGGGCAACGUGGGUGCGGUGCGGGCGCUGGUCGGUCGGAUGUCCCGCCAGCAACUGGACUCACUCUGCCACGCCCGCUACACCGCCCUGAACCUGGCCGCCCGCCUCAACCUCACCGAGAUCGUACGGAUCCUGGUGGAAGCUGGCGCCUGCGUGGGGUUGGCCGGUGACGACGAGCGACUUCCGGCGUCCUGGUUGAUUCAGUACGGAAACGGGAGCGAGGUGGUCAGGAUGGCGCUGAACGGAGUGGAGCUUACGGCGCUCUCGAGUGAACUGUGCCUCCUGCACCGGGCCAUCGAGUACGACAACGGGGACGUGGUGCGGUACCUGCUGGAGGAGGCGGCCGUCAAUCCGGCGUGCGUCUACUCGAACUGCGCCAACGUCCUGCACGUGGCGGCCGGGUUCGGGCGGUGCACCAUCCUGCGCUACCUCCUCGCCCAGCCUUCGCUCCGGCGGCUGGUUGACUGUGGGAACCUGGUGAAGAACACGGCGCUUGCGGUGGCCUGCAAGGAGCGCCAGCUACGGGCGGCCCGCAUCCUGUUGGAGGAGGGCGGGGCGAGUACGGAACCCGCCGGGGAGUAUGGCCUCAAUCCGCUCGCGUUCGCGCUGCUUACGAACGGUGUGCGCUUGGUGAGGGUCCUGCUGCGACACGGGGCCACCUUCGCGAACCCCCCCACCUCCGACACCCAGCCACUCAACCUGGCCAUCCGGACGGGUAACGUGCGAUUGCUGGAGCUGUUGCUGCGCCACGGUGUGGACGUGAACGGAGCACCACUCGCCUUCAUCAACGCAGUGACGGUUGGUUCGCGGGACAUCGUGCGGUUGCUGGUGGCACGGGACGCGGUGCACCUCAACCACCGGGACGAGUUUGGCCAGACGGCACUGCACGUGUGUGCGGAACGGGACGAACACGAGCUGGCCGGGGAGUUGCUGCGGCAUGCCCGCGGAGCCGCCAUCAACGCGAAGAAUCGCUUCGGUCAGACGCCACUUCACGUGGCCGUACAGCGGGGUCACGUGAGGACGGUGCGGGUGUUGCUCCGGGAUCGGGGGUGUUCGGUGGACGAGCUCGACUAUCACGGUGAGACGCCCCUCAUCCGGGCGGUCGUCAGCGAUAAUCUGGCGUUGGUGCGGCUUCUACUCGCGAGCGGCGCCAGUAUCGAGCGGCUCCGCAACAGUGACCCACCCGUCCUGCUGUACCUGGUGCAGGAGAACCACGAGCGGAUCCUGGACUUCCUGCUCGACCAGUACGCCGGCCAGUUCGAUGCGAACGCUCAGGACGCGCACGGGAACACGCUCCUGUACGUGGCGACGCAGCACAACCAUAUCAACAUCGUGAAGCUGCUGGUGGACAAGUACGGGGCGCGCCGCAACCCGCAGAAUCACAAGCGGCUCACACCGCUCAUGAUUGCGCGGGCCCGCGCCUACGACGAGAUCUUCCACUUUCUCGAGGCGCGCCUCGUCGAGGAGUAA